AGCUCCAAAGUGGAGUUUGUCCUGGCUGGGGUGACCCCGCGGGGCAACGCCUCCCGAUUCAUGCUAGAGGUGGCCACGGUGGAGGAGACGGGGGUGGCACAGAAGCUGCGCUCGGCGCGCUCCAUCGAUGACGAGUACACUCCCACCAUCUUUGAGAUGCUCUCCCUGGUAGCCCAGUCCCGAAACGACAGCUCCGCGCUCAGCUUCCUGCAGUGGAAGGGGCCCGUGCCCACCGUCAUCCGCGCCUCCUUUGGGGAGGACGUAGGCAGUGCCUACACCGUCAGCGCCGUCAAUAUCUCUUUUGGGGGAGAGGACGGGAAGGUUUACCAGGAGAAGCGCUACCUGAGCUGGUCGGCACUGCUGGGCUUCGGGCAGCCCCCCAGGGACACCUUUUCCCCCCUUGUCAUCUCCAUCAUGGCCGUGGCGCUGGGCACGCCCAUGGUGAUGCUCCUGGUGGGCAGCCUUGUGGUCCUCUUUGCCCAGAGGAAACGCUACUCGGAGUAUGAGCCCAUCAACUGA